AAGGCCAUAUUGGACCAAGGUGUCUUUAUUAAGGAGGUGAAUUGUUAGCGCGUUUUCCGGGCGCCAUCAUUGAGUAUUGUUAUGUCAAAUCGCAUACAAUUUUCUAUACCCCCCUACAGCCCUCACCGAUUUUAAAGGCCUCGCUACAUGAAUCGAAAUUUCAAAAAGUUUUCGGUCAAAAGGGGGGGCCAGGCGAAAACUUUACGUCAAAAAGAUUUCAGCUCCGAGAGCUGAAAUCUCAUCCGAAAUCUUUUUGACAGCAACCCGAAAACUCAAAAUGACAGCAUUGUAGGUGUCAACAGGAAAAGGAAGAGCAUUAUCACAACAAAACAAAAUAAAACAAAACAAGCAUAAAGCCGGCAUUGUAAAACAGAACCAAACAAAACAUUUAACAAAAUGAAUGUAAAUCAGAGCGGAUCAGGACCGGGAACGGCGUCAGGACAGCGAUCGAAAUCGGUACAGCAAUCGGGACCUGGACCAGCAACGAUAUCAGUAAUGGCACCGAUAUCAGGACGGGUACCGGUAUCAGUACUGGCACCGGUAUCAGGACGGGCACUGGCAUCAGGACAGGCACCGGUAUCAGGACGAGCUUCGGGAAUAGGGCUGGCAUCGGGAUCAGGCCUGGCAUCGGGAGCAGGACUGGCACCGGUAUCAAGACUGGCACCGAUUUCAGGACGGGCACCGGUAUCAGGACGCGCUUCGGGAUCAGGCCUGGCAUCGGGAUCAGGACUGGCUUCGGGAGCAGGACUGGCUUCGGGAUCAGGACGGGAACCGCGUAAAUAUAUGCGAGAGGACGUGGAGCUCUGCUUGCGGAUGGCUAAUGCGGUAGAAAAACAAAACAUAAUCUACAAUAAAAAAUCUCCGCAUUAUAAAAACCGAGACCGUCAGAAUGAUGCAUGGAUGUGUGUCGCAGAAGAGGUCGGGUUGACCAUGGCAGAGGCCAAAAAAAUGUGGCACAACAUGCUGGCCAAAUAUCGGUCAUACCGAUCCAAAGUGCGCCAGAGCAUGCAGACCGGGUCAGCCUACGCCGAAGUUUAUCGCCCGCGAUGGCCAGCCUGGGAGGCUUUGUCGUUUAUGAACGAUGCGUCGGAGGACGCUGAACAUGCAGACACGCUUGACGAGGAAGAUGAGGGCCUCGCUCUGAACUCCCUCGUCACAACGGGUUCGGCCGUUGCACGAUCCCGAAUCCUUGCCGAUCACUCAUACAUUGAGUAUGAUCCACCUUGUUCCCUUAGUCCCGACCUUACAAACACUUUUUCCACCCAAUCCUUCAGUCCAAGCGAACCUCUUCAGUCCCAGCCAACCUCCAACCUCCAUCAACCAAUCCGUCAUCCUACACCCUCCCGAAAUUCUCCCCUUCCCUCCCCUUCUCAGGUAUCCUUUCCUCAUCAAGUCUCCCGUCCUUCCCAAGCCUCUCCCAUCCAAAACCUGUCCCAUCCUCGGCAAGGACGGCGUCGUCGACGAACCCCUAGCGACGAGGGGCUUCGUAUGAGCGAGGCCCUCACACGUGUGGCGGAAGCCACGAUGGCCAAUGCAAACUCCUCGGCGAAUGUGUUUGGCCGCUGGGUCGCUGAAUUCCUGACGAGGUUCACGCCAGAGGAACAGCGUGUUGUGACCUCAAGGAUUCAGCGAACCAUGCUAGAUGCCGAGGAGUUUGUGUUGGCCAACCGGGCCAACCGUCGCGAUGGUGAUCAGCCAUAAGUUAUGUAAAUAGUUGUAUAUAAUUAGUUAAUAGUUAGUUAGAUAGUAGAUAGUCUUGUAAAUAGUUAGCAUAUAGUAUAGAAUUAGGAUACGAUAGGGUUUAUUUAGAAUUUUGUUUUAGUUACUACUUUGAAUUUUUAUUGUAGCUUUAAGGUAGUGUUUAUGUUUUGUACCGUUUUGAAUGAA